CCUUUUUAACGGACAUGUUAUGUUACCUCAUUUCUGUACUUUCGCGACGAUAAUGAUGCCCCGCUGUCUCUCACCCUAGAACAUGGAAAUGGCUGUCUCGCUCUCCGUCCGUCUCUUCGCGACGAACUCCAUUCCUUCCGCAGGUGGAACUGGAAGAUGUAACUACACUGAGAUUGCUGAGUGGUUUGAAUCGAUUUGGUGUGGGACAGAGAGCGCUUCCGAUACGAGUAUUCACCGUGGGCAAGAAGAGAUCGCCUGCCGUGCAGCUACUAGUGGACGAGUACACUCCAAGCUCCGACGUUAUUGCGCCGUCGAGGAUGUCCAAGUCCGCUCCAACCCUAGAAAUGCACGUGAGAAGCAGGCUCAAAUUGUCGAUGAAGAUGUGGCAGUCAUGAAUCUUAUUAAACCUGAUGAUUGGGUCGUGCUGUUGGAUGAGCAGGGGAUAGACAUUGAGUCAGAGGAGAUGGCUGAGUUGAUCGGUGGUGCUGCAGAUAAGGUCAUGGACAAUCCUGAAGGGGCAAAAGUAUCAUCACUAGCCAUUCCACCUGCGUAUCUGAGGGUUCAUCUUCUGCAGGAACGUACAUACAGAGAAAGAAAUGCUCGACAGAGUGCAUGGAGCUGUAGAACUGCCUUCCAUGCUUUGUUUUGUUCGCCUUUCCCAGCCAAUUUUAAGGACAUACUGGUUGGGCGACUCGCUGGUUGACAAAGCUGAAUGUAGAAUGUAGUUGGAAUCUAAUUGAGUCGACUUUUAUAAUAUGUCGUGAAAGAUAAUGGACCAACCAGCUUUGUUCUAUUGCAAAGCAUCCACUUGGUUUCCGUUUCGCAGGAUCGCUUGUUAUGUGUUGAUCUACGGAGAAAUCUUUUGAUUA